AUGCAAAAACCAGAAUACAUCUAUAAUCACCAAAGUCAACCUUUGAAUAUCCUCUCCAUUGGCACAGCCACUUGCAGAUUCAAAUCCAUUCUUUAUCUGAACAACAACAUUAUUCUACCCAUUGCCACAUCAAUUGCAAUAUAUGAUGAUAUGUAAAUUCAUUGUGUAAUUCAUAGAACCUUUAACAAAAUUACGGAGUUUUAAACAAAUCAAAGUACAAUCUAUAGCUUGAGCCAUAAUGAUGAUUUCAUAUUUGCAAUUGGACAUGAUGGAGAUAUUUGCUAAUUGGAUAUCAAGACAUAUCAAAAGAUCAAUUACAUCAAUCAAAUAGGUUCAUAAUGUAGGUGGUCAUCUAUUGAAGGGAAUGCGUUAUUGAUUAGCGCUGAACACUCAAAAAAUAAGGGAAUUAUAUAAGUCUUAAAUGCUACUACACUUGAAUAGAUACAAUCAUUUGAUGGCUGUUAUUUCUAUGGUUGUGUCUAGAAUUAAAACUUUUAUAUGUUGAAAUCUAAAAGAUCUGGGAAAUUAAGUAAAAACGAGAAGGAAAGCUUAAAUUAUAAGGAUUUAAAAAAAUAUAAGAACAACAAACAGUUUUUAUUUUCUCUUGAAGUGCACAGUCAAAAUGGAUUAGAAAAGGUUUUGCCCUUUGAAACCGAACCAGGAGAUAUUUUAGUGAUUGCUUAAAGUCCUAAAUAUAUUGCAUAUUUUUAUUAUGAUAGAAGAGUACUAGUAUAUGACAUUGAAAAACAUCAAAUUGCUAUUCAUAAAAUAGAAGGAAAUGGAGUUAUUUAAGCAGCCUGCUUUUAAAAUGAUUCAGAAUUAGUUUUUUAGAAUUAGACUAAAUAACUCACUAUUCUUAAUUUAUAGACUUAGGAAAAGGUUGUAUAAUCAUAUAAGCAAGGAUUAAAUACACUAGUAUAGGGUAUUUAUAAAAAGGGAGAAGUGUUAGUGACUGCAUCUGAAGAAAAUGUAACAAUUUAUAAGGGAGUUCAUGUAUUACAUAAAGAAUUUGGAGGAUUGACAAAAUGUGGUAUAGAUAUCUAUUAAAAUGAUUAUGUUGUAAGUGGGGAUUUCUUGGGAAAUAUUACAAUUAAUUCUCUGGAUACAGGAAAAACAAGGGGUGAAUAUUUUAUUGGAUCAUCUAUUCGUUCAGUUUCUUGUAAGGAUAAUAUUAUCUACAUUGGAACUAUGGAAGGUCAAUUGUAUAAGUAUGAAAAUGAGGAAUGCUAAUAAUUCGAUUAAAUUGAAGGUUCAAUUACUUGCAUUAGAGUAAAGAAUGAUGACUUGUUAAUUUCAACUACUCAUGGAUUAGUGAGAUUGUAUAAGAAUGAGAAACAGUUAUUCACAUUUUUAGCACAUCCUCCAAAAGAGAAAUCUGAGUUGUUUGGAUCCCUCAAUAUACAUGCAGAUAUUUGGACAUGCAUAUUCAAUCCUGAGUAAGAUAUCUUCGCAACAGGUUCUGAAGAUUAGAAUGUGAAGGUCUUCGAUUAUAAUUAAAAACAAAUUGUUGAAUUGACAGGACAUAAAUUGGCUGUUACAUGUUUAGAUUGGAAACGCUCCUAGAAUAAAUUAAUAUUGUAUUCUUGCAGUGAUGAUAGAACAAUAAGGUUAUAUGAUGAAACAUAUAGUCUUAUUAAAGUUAUCAAUACCUUCUUUAUUAACGAAUGGUUUACAUUAACAUACAUGAGUGUAUAUCAAAAUCUUAUCGCAAUUGGAUGUUAAAAUGGAUAUUUUUUCUUAUAUGAUUAAGAGAAGGGGGAUUUCAUUUUUGUUCAAAAGACGCAUAUGGGCGGAAUUGAAGGAUUAGUAAUGAAUUCUAAGUACAUUGCAACCUGUUCGAGUGAUGAUUGUGUAAAUGUGAUUAAAAUAAAUUGA